CGUCGUGAAGAUUUGGGCAAGGAAGCUACAACCAAUGGGUGAUUGCCGGGAAUAAGCAUUAAAUGGAUUCUCAAAUGUAUGAAGAAAAACCCCGCUCAUAAAUCCAAUAGAGAGCCAGUAUAGAUGCAAUCUUGUAGAUUGAGAGCGAGUUGACUCAACAAGCCCCAUCAGCAGCCAUGUCCUCUCAGCUCAUCGCUCUCGCUUCUCUCCUUCUUCUCUUCACUUUUCCUUCGCAAUCCGAGUCAGACAAUCUGUUUUGUGAUGGUGGAACUGUACCUGGUGAGCCCACCUGUGGAAUCAAAUCAUCAUCAUCAAAGAUAUUGAUCAAAGGAGGAACAGUUGUGAAUGCUCACUAUCAGCAGAUCGCUGAUGUUUAUGUGGAGGAUGGGAUCAUUGUUACUGUUCACCCUAACAUCAGGGUUGGUGAUGAUGUAACUGUGCUGGAUGCUACUGGAAAAUAUGUUAUGCCAGGAGGAAUAGAUCCUCACACACACCUUGCUAUGGAGUUUAUGGGUACUGAGACCAUUGACGACUUCUUCAGUGGUCAGGCAGCAGCAUUAGCUGGUGGAACAACUAUGCACAUUGAUUUUGUUAUACCUGUCGAUGGGAGUUUAACUGCUGGUUUUGAAUCCUAUGAGAAAAAAGCUAAGAAUUCCUGCAUGGAUUAUGGUUUCCAUAUGGCAAUUACAAAAUGGAAUGAAGUUGUUUCUGAGGAAAUGGAAGUUAUGGUCAAGGAGAAAGGUAUCAACUCUUUCAAGUUCUUCAUGGCAUACAAGGGCUCUCUUAUGAUCAAUGAUGAUCUUCUAUUAGAAGGACUUAAGAGGUGCAAAUCUCUUGGCGCUUUGGCUAUGGUCCAUGCAGAAAAUGGAGAUGCAGUAUUUGAAGGACAGAAGAGAAUGAUUGAACUUGGUAUUACUGGUCCUGAGGGGCAUGCUCUUUCAAGGCCUGCAGUGCUGGAAGGAGAGGCAACUUCUCGUGCAAUUCGUUUGGCAAAGUUUGUAAACACACCUCUUUAUGUUGUUCAUGUGAUGAGCAUUGAUGCAAUGGAAGAAAUUGCUAGAGCUCGAAAAUCAGGUCAGAGGGUUAUUGGAGAGCCUGUAGUUUCUGGAUUAGCUCUUGAUGAUUCUUGGCUUUGGGCCCCAGACUUCGACACUGCCGCAAAGUAUGUCAUGAGUCCACCUAUCAGAGCAUCAGGACAUGAUAAAGCUCUACAAUCUGCCCUUGCAACUGGAGUUCUGCAGCUUGUAGGGACCGAUCAUUGUGCUUUUAAUUCUACACAAAAGGCUUAUGGGGUUGAUGAUUUCCGAAAAAUACCAAAUGGUGUCAAUGGCAUUGAAGAGAGAAUGCAUGUGGUUUGGGAUACAAUGGUGGAAGCAGGCAAAAUUUCCGUGACUGAUUAUGUUCGCAUAACCAGCACUGAAUGUGCUAAGAUCUUCAAUAUAUAUCCCAGAAAAGGAGCAAUUCUUGUUGGAUCUGAUGCAGAUAUAAUCAUUCUCAACCCAAAUUCAAGUUUUGAAAUUACUGCAAGUUCCCAUCACUCUAAUUUAGAUACAAAUGUCUAUGAGGGUAGGAGAGGAAAGGGAAAAGUAGAAGUGACCAUCUCUAGAGGAAGAAUUGUUUGGGAAAAUGAUGAAUUGAAGGUUGCUUCCGGAAGUGGAAAGUACAUAGAACUGCCGCCGUUCAGUUAUCUUUAUGAUGGAAUUGACAAAGCAGAUGCUCAGUACUUAUCUUCCCUCCAAGCUCCAGUAAAGCGUUCUACAUCCGCAUCUUAAAUUGUGGGUAAUUGUCUAAUAUCUUGUGUAACUAUAUUAGAAGGUUAAUUAUAACCAAUCUCCAAGUUUGUGUGAGUUUGGGCACAGUGACAAAUAACUUAACAGCUUCGUGUGACCUGGCUGAAGAAUAACUGAAGUAUAAGGUACAUUGUCCAUCUAAUUUGUCAAAUACAUAUACAAGCAUUCUAGUAGGUUAUGAAUUGAAAUCAUGUUGUUGUGAGUUA